AUGACUGCAUCACAUGAUUGCAAACAAUAUUGUCCAUUUGCAUUUAGCGCUUAUGCUUAUAUACGAUCUAAUGGUGAUUUACUUUAUGUUCGACCAUGUGCAGCUGGUUUAUAUUGGAAUCAAGAAGCUAAAAUAUGUGAUCGAAAAGAAACAUCGCCAGUACAUUCAGCUGAAGACCAACCUGAAUCAUAUCAAAUAAGUUAUAAUUCUCAACAACCUAAAUUAACAUAUAAUCGUCCAUUAGUUAGUUUUGUUGAUCAAAGUAUUGGUAGACAACAAGGUUAUCGUUAUCGAAAUUAUAAUCCAUAUAUAACAUCUAAUGAUCAAAGUCGUUUACAAAAUCAACAACAACUUACUCCAAUUAAUACAUACUCACCAAUGUACGAACAACAGCAACCAAUAGUUUCUGAUCAACAAUAUGGUCAAUCACUAAAUCAACCAACAGCUGCAUUUAUUCAACCAACAUCACAACGAAGUAUGCUUCAUGUUUUUCAAUCAUCAUCUUAUCCUUGA